UGCUAGGAUGAACUUUGCCUCCCUCAUUUCCAUCCUGAGGAUGACGUCUCAACUUGUAAUUAUUGAUUAACUAUCCCUGUAAUGGAAGGGUGGCUGUCCUGUCUGGCUGUCGUUCAGGCCUGCUCUGGGAAACCAGAAAUUACUGAAAAUGUCCACCAGGUAUCACAAAGCAGCAGCUGAUGGCAAUUUGGAGCUCCUGAAAGAAGCCACUAGAAAAGAUCUCAAUACUUUGGAUGAGGAUGGGAUGACGCCCACCCUCCUGGCAGCGUACCAUGGGUAUCUGGAAGCUCUGGAAGUCGUAUGUCGGAGGGGAGGUGAUCCUGACAAAUGUGACAUCUGGGGGAACACUCCUCUCCACCACGCUGCUUGCAAUGGUCACGUCCAUUGUGUUUCUUUUUUGAUCAAGUUUGGUGCCAAUAUUUUUGCUCUGGACAAUGAUCUCCGUACUCCUCUGGAGGCAGCUGCCAGCAGAGAUAGAAAUGAGUGUGUCAGCAUCCUGGACAAAGCCGCCACUGAACAGAACAUGCUGAAUCCAAAGAAAGUCUCAAAACUCAAAGCUCAGGCCCAGAGGAAUGCAGAGAAACAAAUCAGGGAAUGUGAAAAGCGCCAGGACAAACACCAGCAUGAAAUGAAUCAGAAUUAUAUGAAAGAAAAGCUUGGCUCAGUAAAUUCUUCCAGAGGGACACACUCCAGAGGAAAGGUGUCUAGUCUCUUUACUUCAAAUACAACAACUUCUUUCUCCAAAAAUCUGAAAGAUACCUUCAAAUUGAAGGCAAAAAAGACAGCUGGUAAUGCAGGAAAUCAGGAAACACAAAGCAACGGCCAAGAGGAUAGCAAGGAUAGAAGAACAACUGUGAUGCAUUUAUUUGAUGAAAAAGAUGAGGAUGAGUUACUGAAUGACCUCAGAGAGAUAAACUUUUCUGACAAUGACAGUCAACUCUCUAUUUUCAAGCGGCCAGGUCUUGGCAAGAUUGUAUUUGGAAGAAAUUUGGCUGCAGAUAUAAAUCCAGAAGCUAUACCUUCUGGGAAAGAAAGCAUCAGCUUUAAAAUGUCCAGUGAGCUCUUUCAGCAUGAAAAUGCCGAGAACGGCAGGGAAGAUGAUGCUGAAAAUAAUGCUAAUGUUCCUUGGAACGAGGAGGAACUCGUCUGGGACGACGAGGAAGGGGAGAACACGCCCCUGGAGGUAUUUCUGGCAUCACAGAUGCUGGAUGAGUUUCUUCCAGUCUUCAUGAGGGAAAAAAUCGAUUUAGAUGCCCUCAUGCUAUGCUCUGAUGAAGAUCUACAGAGCAUUCAAAUGGAGCUGGGACCACGAAAGAAAGUCCUGAAUGCCAUGGAUAGAAGAAAACAGGCACUCAAGAACCCUGGAAAAACUACAGAUACUCGCUUAUAAACAAGCAUAUUUGUUUCUGGACCCUGCACACUGAUUCAUUAUCCUUUGCUCUUUCACAAUAACAUGCAGUUCUCCUCAGACGUCUGCUAAAGCAAAAGGCAAAGAGGUUACCAGUUCUUUUAGCAUGUACAGUGAGGCCAAAAUGCUUCUCUCUGGAUAGAUGACUGCAGUGCACAAGACAGAAAUGCAAGUGUAUUCUGCUAAAAGAAAAAAAUUAAAGGUAAAAAACAAAAAACCUCUAGAUUUAAAACUCUCUCUCCCAGAACUGUCUUACGGGGAUUGGAUGUUUUUUGGUGCAAAUAAUUUCAUAUAUUAGUGAAGGCCAGGCACACUGCAUUCCUUCCCUUCCCUUCUUUUUCAAAACCACAAUGCAAAGAGCAUUCCCGCAGCUAGGGAGCUUGGAGUUUUCUCUCUUGGUUCCUGUUAGAUUGCCCUUCCUGCUGUCAGUGAGACUGGAGAAACGGAACCUGGAUCUGGAUUUUGUCUGUCAUCUAUUGACUCUAAUAGCCUCUGAAUGAAUAUAAAUAAAACUAAUUUACAGCAACUUUCAUGUUCUUGUCAGUCAAGUUUCUUGCUACUGUAUUGAUAUUCAUUUUUAAAAAGUAUCAAAGAUCUGACCAAGUGAUGUUUGGUGUGAGUUGUACAUUCUUUUCUCUUGUCUCAUUAGACUGGAGAGUAAUAGUAAGCUGCCAGCAACCAUCAUAUCUUAAAUGGAAUCAAUACUCAGUAAUACUUUUAAUGACAAAAAGAUGAGGUUUUAUUUUCAAGAUUUUUGAUCUGUUUUGUCUUCAGCUUGCUUCCUAUAGGACAGAUUUGUCACAUGAAGUCCCAGAAACAAAGCACCUAGUGUUUUCUGUUGCCCAUUACCUGUCUCGGCCUGAAAACUGCAUGCAAUGAGGUACAUGUACACCCAGCUGGUGAAAAGAGAAAGAAAAUGAUGUUGUGCUUCUCGGGAAGCUUCUGCUGGUUACAGUCCGUUCGAGGGCACUCACGGCAGGGUGCCCUUCAGCUGCCUUGGCCCGUUCCCUGCAGAAGCCAGGACCAUCUGAUACAAAUUAAUCCCUCUCGUGAGUCAUAUGAAUCUAACCAUGUUUUUGUAGCAGCCAUGCUCUGACUAAGAGCUCAGAUUUUAGAGGCACAAUUACUUAUUAACAGGACUUAAAUCUUUAAAUCAUUUAAGUAUUUUUUGAAAAAUCUCUUUCUACAGCCCUGAUACAUUGAUCAGCUGUGAUUUUUUUUCUCCUGCAUUGAUGGAGACUAAUCCUAGUUAAUAAUCCAUUAUUAAUGCUCUUUCCAAGCAUUCCUCUUUUCCAAGUAUUUUUUCCUUUACUUUGAUCUGUUUAUUAUAACAACUAUUUUUUUGGCUGGACUUUAUACUGUAUUCUCUUCUCCUUGGACUGCUGUACCUAAGUGUGUUGACAUUUUCUUCUACUUAGCAGACAUACCAACUCCUGUGCUCGGCACAGGAGUGGAAUCAGAGAGCAUCAGCCUCUGCUUUAUUAAUAUCAGCCCGGGCUCUGUUAUUAACUUGCUGGGUUGUUUUGUUCUUAGUGAAGGGAUUCCCAAACAUUUGACAAGACAAACAGGAAAUGGUGAAUCUUACAUGUUUGAAAGCAUAGGACAAGGGGAUUCUGUAGAGUCAAAUCUUGUCAUUCUUGGCCAUACAACUGAUUUAAAUGUUCAGUGUGGUUUGCUUAGUGGGCCUAUAAUCAUCGCUUCCCAGCCUGACUGACCUGCCAAGCUGUACUGCCAUUUAUUUUGCGAGGUAAAGUGAUUUAGAAUUGGCACCCUCUCCACCAGGGGGUUCUUUACUUGCAUAAACAGAUGCCUGUGACUUGUCCAAAUUUAGACUGGCUGUCAACACACUAUCAAUACUUCCAGGAGGGUUGGACCCAUUAAACGAUUGCCGUUAGUACAGACCAACUUCAAUAAAUCCAUUACUUUGCCCUUUUGGCAGGGAAUUCAGUAGAAGAACAAAUUCAGGCUUUGAAGUGUGCUGCAUGGUCAAACAUUAUCCGCUGCACUGCUGGGCCAAAGCUCAAGGCAAAAUUAGUUCUUGGCAAAUGUGGAAUACGCCACAGUCUGCAGGUGCAGGUGGCUGGGGAGGGUGAAGGGGCUACUGCCCUGUUGCGACAUCUGUGUCACAGCCUGGGAAGCCAGGUUUGGCCCACAGCAAACCAGCAGAGCUUCCCAGGAAAGGGAAAGAUGCCUCCUGUUCAUCCUGGCAACUGCAAGAGCCGCAAGCCUGUGCUCCAGGGCUCUUCCCCUUCCCACAGCGGCAGUUUUCAGGGUGGCAGAACCUAGACACAAGGAGCUGAGACCACAGCUAUACUGCUCUGAAGACUUAACUUUAGUACAAGACAGUGAACAUAACGUGUCUCUUCAGGCCAUAUUUUGAUCAACCAGAUUAGACCCAUUUGUCCAGGGAGACACUUUCAAAACUUCUGCUAAGCACUGAGUGUCUGCUGCCAGAUAGGCAUGAAGGCACCUGGAGAAAUUAUACCUUGCAGGGACCAGGCCAUGAGUUUAUCCAAGUUCUAGUGAAAGUCUGGCUCUUUACAUAUUUAUGACUGCUGCUGCCUCCAGCUAUCAGAGAUAACAGCAGAGACUCUCUGCACAUAAAAGGAUCAGUUCAGUUGUCAUAACAUACUAAAACACCCUAGAUCCUUAGGUAUCUGCAAUAGCUCUAUAGAGCUAGCAGAUGUGGCACAAGACCUACAGGAGGCCCUUGUUCUCCUGGCCUUGCAGCUAGAGACCAAAUAGAUUGGGGUGAGAUGCCCUGGGGCUUCCUAUCUACUCUAAAAUUAAAUAAAUGGGAAAAGAUGCAAUACGGCUAGCCCCUUUCUUGAUGGGUGGUCUAGGAAAUUGGCUCUUGGUAUAAAGUAGUCAUCUGGAACAAUGUGGUGGUGGUGGGGAACAAAUCAAUUUAACUCCUAUGAUUAGCUGCUUUCCAAAGUUUUCCCACCAAUGCCAUUGCUCCUUUUAUGAUUUUCAAGUCUUUAAUGAGUCAGAUGUGGGACUCUAAUUAAAUAACAUUUGUAUAGUGCCUUCUAGUUGAAUGGACUUUAUGUAUCACAGGUGCAAUCAUGUAGUCCAGUCCAAACAAAACAAAUCCAUGGGCUACCACAGCAUCACUGCCAUAGACAUCAAGAGGGAACAUGCAGUAUGGUCAACAAUUGCAAAACCCACUAUCCCAGUAUCACCACAGAGCAGAGCCAUCUGGAUUUCUUUUCACAUUCAGUGAGCACAUUUACCAAGAGAGAAGUCACUGCAACUGCUUGGGUACUUUAUUGACAAACAGAAACGUCUUUCUUCAUCUUCAAAAACAAACAGGAACAAGAACACCACCACCACCACAACAGACAAGCAACGGACAACAAAAUGAAAGCUGAAGAAAAGCAAUGGUAUCUUUAACAUACAUGCAAGUUACAAAUUAAAGAUAAUCCUCAAGAAAAACGUGUAAGAGAAGGAAUCAGAGAUCCAGGCUAUAAUUUCCAAACAAAUCUAAAGAUAACACUCAAGUAACUCCUAUUGAAAUUGAAUCCAGUCCUUUUCAUGGACUCAAGUUAUUCAGAGGCAAAAGGGUGAAGCCAGGCUCCUUGGACCUCCUGCUGCCAAUGCAGGGUAGAAACACCAUGGGUUUUCAGAACCAAGUCUUUGGACUGGCUCCGUCUACUUUUCAAAGUAGAGUCUGUGGCAGAGUACACGUGAAAGUAAAUUGUAUGUGUCUUCUUCCUAAAUACUAUGCCUUAUCUUGAAUUGCAAACCUUGUUUCACAUAGGCAUGGAACGGGGAUAAUACUGCCAUAAGUAGUAAGUGAAAGUUUCCAUACAGCUCUUGAAUUAUGGAGCAUCUAUGCCUGUCACAUUCACCUGAUGCAAGUGGAGUUCCUUAUUACUGAAGUGACAGGAUAGGUCAGACACAUUACCGAACGUUUCACAAAUGACACAGGAGGAAAAAAAGCAUGUUAAAACAAUUGAAGGGUAAUCUUGUUACAACAAAAUAAAAAAGGCAAAAGCUAAUAAGGCAACCUCUGUUCUUGAUAUCAAGACAACCGAUGGAGUUACUCAGUUUUUACCCACAUGAAUAUAUCCUUUGGCUCUAUUCCCUUACUGGUCUGGUACCCUUCCACACUAAAACUGUGGCAAGUUCAACUCUGCCACUUGCUACCCUUUUCCAACUAGUUUACACCAUGCUUAUGAUUUGGAGCAUUUUUUUAUGCUGCACCUGCACUGUACUCAUUAACCUCUUCAUACUUACUUAUGCACCAUCAAGGGUUUAUAACACUACCUGCUUCUUCCUGCUGCUCCACUGUAAUUCUACUGGCAUCAUUAUAAAAAGAUCAUGUCAUGUAAUCCUUUCACAAAAUGAAGAAAUAGUUAACAGCCUGCAUGAAACAGUAUCCAAGUAUAAAUAAAAUUUCAUAAGGCCUAAUUCCAGCAUGAGAUAGGAAUUCAUUUCAAGGCCAAUAGCUAUUUUUCAGGAGAUGCUCGUCUUUUGUAAAGCAGCUGCAUAGCAGCACAUAACUGGAACUUUUCCUUAUCACAGAACGGCCAAGGUUGGAAGGGACCUCUGGAGAGCAUCUAGUCCAACCUUAUGUAGGACAUCACUCGGUUCCUCCACCAAGAGGGAAUCAUGAAUAACCCUCCCCCAGCAUCACCCACCAGGAUAGCAGUAUAGCAGUAUAAUUGCCAAUUGAUGCACGGUACAGCCAAGCUGAACAUAUCUGCCUGUAUAUUUGAAGCUUAUGCCCCUGUAAUCAGUCAGCACAGGUCCAACCUUAAAGAAACUUUAAAAAAAAAA